AUGGAUCCAGAUACGUUCCAGAAGGAGCUGGGGGUUAUAACUGCAGAUCUACUGUGCAGUCCAGCCGAGCUCUUAGUCACUGUUUGGAAUAGGAAGGUGACUGAGGCUCUGAAUAGGAUUGCACCCUUGCAACCUCUCCUCAUGCAUAGACCUCUCUGUGCCCGGUGGUAUACAGAGGAACUGAAAAGGAUGAAAUGCAUGAGGAGACAUCUAGAGCGCCGCUGGUGGAAGACAGGAGAUGAACUCGAUCGAACAUGGCUGUUGGGGUUGGAUUGGUUCCCUUAUCUCGGUCUUAGCUUAACGGGAGUCCAUGCUGUCUCAACUUCAGACAUUGACUCCCUAUUUGCAGACUACGCUGAUGUGUUCAGCAACGAAUUAGGGUGUUACAAUGGCACACCCAUUUCUUUUUCAGUGGACCCCCAAGCAGUUCCCGUCCAUUUAAAACCGCGUAGAGUACCAUUUGCGCUAUGCCCUAAACUGGACGCGGAACUGGACAAAUUACUAAAACAGGGGGUGAUUAAGCCCACGGAUUUUGCUAAAUGGGAAACCCCAAUUGUCACACCCCUUAAGAAGGAUGGCAGUUUAAGAAUUUGUUCUGAUUAUAAGACCACAAUUAACCGCUACCUACAGGUUAGCGCUUACCCAGUCCCGGUAAUCCAGCACUUACUCCACACAUUGGCCGAUUUACAAACUAUUGUCACUCACAGAGGGGCAUUCAGGUGCAGGCGUCUCCAGUUUGGCGUUAGUGUUGCCCCUGGCAUUUUUCAAUCAUUAAUGGAACGUAUACUCCAAGGCCUCCCUGGCGUGGUUCCUUACUUUGAUGACAUAUUGGUCUCAGCCAGGGACAGGCCCCAACUUUUCCAAAGAGUCACGGAUCACAAGCCACUUCUGGGGCUACUAUCGGGGGACAAACAAACACCCCAAGUCUUGUCACCCAGGAUGACAAGGUGGACCUUAUUCCUGGCAGCCUACUCGUACACACUCGUUCACCGGCCGGGAAAAAACCUCAGCCACGCCGAUGCCCUCAGCCGCUGCCCGCUGCCCACCCCGGUAGAAGACCCGGCUCCGGUCCACGCCAUCUUCGAUGUCAGUGAGCUCAAACUACCUGUCACCGCAGGCGACAUCGCCUUCCACUCCAAAAAAGACAAAACAAUCGCCCAGGUUCUGGACUGGGUGCGGAGGGGGUGGCCGGUCACUAAUUUCACAACCGAAUUCACACCAUUUAAAAUCCGCCAGUUAGAGUUUUCCAGUUUACAGGGCUGCCUAUUGUGGGGAACCAGGGUCGUCAUCCCAAGCUCCCUGUGCACACCUGUCCUGAAGGCGCGGCACGAGGGUCACCCUGGCAUCGUCCGGAUGAAGGCGUUGGCUCGAAGUUACGUCUGGUGGCCGGGCAUGGACGACGAGAUCGCCAAAUGGGUAAGCUCUUGCCGACCCUGUCAGGAAUCCAGGCCAGCACCACCAGUUACCACCCCAACCAAGUGGGAGAGCGCCAACGCGCCAUGGUCACGGCUGCACAUUGACUUGGCCGGGCCAAUGCACGGCAAGACCUUCUUGGUGGUCGUGGAUUCGUUUUCCAAGUGGAUCGAUGUGGCCCUUCUACCCACGACCACCACCCGGGCAGUCGCCCAAGCCCUGACCCGUUUAUUUGUAACACACGGGCUGCCUGACACUUUAGUCUCGGACAAUGGCCCCCAAUUUACAUCUACAGAGUUCAGCCGGUAUGUCACCAACCUGGGCAUCCGGCACAUCUUAACGGCCCCCUUUCAUCCUGCCAGCAACGGGUUGGCAGAGAGAGCCGUUAGGUCAACGAAGGAGGCGUUGGCCAGAUUCAAUCAAGAGGACUGGCACUCUAGGCUUUCCCGCUUUCUCUUGACCCAACACACGACCCCCUGUACGGUUACAAACAAGUCGCCUGCCGAGCUCCUAAUGGGCAGAGUUGUUGAGAUGGUGGUCGUGCAGCAGUUCCAGAGGUUUCUGGAUGAAAUGGAUUAUCUCGACUCUUACCAGUAA